AUGGAGAAAAAUAAAGCUUUAGGAAUUCAUUCCCCCGAUAAUCUAUCGUCUUCGCCACGAAAAACAUCACCAUCAAGUUCUUCGCGAAUUACUGGAUCCAGACAAAUACGUAUACCACUUAAAAGCUUUUAUCAGAUCGCUCACUUCCUUCUUCAGGAGCUCGCAUGUAUGAACGUUCGUGAAGUGGCCGCUCGGCCAGGAGUUGGUCGGAUCGGUCGUCCUAUAGCGAUUCGCUCAAAUUUCUUUGAAAUUGACUUAACAACCGCAAAUAUGAUGGUAGUGCAGUAUCAUGUUGAAGUGCAUCAUCCAGGAAGCCGAAAACUUGAUCGUGAUGAAAAUCGUGCAAUUUUCUGGAAAGUUGUUGCUGAUCAUCCUUUUGUAUUCAUUAACAAAUUUGCUGUUGCCUUCGACGGUGCUCAUCAACUCUAUACACCUUUUCGGCUUCAGUUCCCCGACGGGAGAAGUAGCAUCCGACUUGAAACAGAUGUAUCACUCGCUAAGGAUUCCCGAGAAUGGACGCCUUGUGCAGUAACCAUUCAAUGUGUGGGUCCGGUGCUUAUCGAGAUGCGACGCACCCGUACGAAUAAUCUUGACGAACGCGUGUUGACUCCAAUCCAGAUCCUGGAUAUUGUCUGCCGUCAGAGUCUAACCUGCCCCUUUAUAGACAACGCCGCCAACUUCUACUCUUGGAAAUCAUCAUGCUACCGUAUUCCUAUCAAUGGAGCGUUGGCUCUCGACUUGGAAGGUGGUAAAGAGAUGUGGACCGGCUUUUUCUCUUCGGCACAUGUGGCUAGCGGAUGGAAACCGCUUCUAAACAUUGACGUCGCGCAUACCGCAUUUUACAAGGCGAAAAUAUCGAUGGUGCAGUUCAUGUGCGACGUACUUAAUGAACGUGCCGGUGCAUAUCGUAAUGCGACGUCCACCACACGUAGCAGCUACAGUACGACCAGUCAAUCCGGACGUGGUUGCUGUUCAAGUCGAGGCGGUACGGCAACAAGUACUGGGCGCGGUGGUUAUCAUACUUACCCGACCAGAACUAGCCAAACAACCACCUCAUUAUACAAAGAGUUCUCGUUGUCCAAUCACGAGACCAAAAUCCUUGCCGAAGCAGUGAAGGGUAUUAAAAUCAGAAUCUCACAUCGAAAAGGCGCUGUCCGAGUCUAUCGCGUUAACAGCCUUCAGAUGCCGGCUGAUCAGCUUACAUUCAAAGGUAUCACAGAGGAUGGCAGUGAAACGAUUAAAUCAGUGGCUCAAUAUUUCGCCGAAAAAUACUCUGAAUUGAGCUUCCCGAAACUUCCCUGUCUUCACGUUGGUCCACCCAAUCGCAACAUCUUUUUCCCACUUGAAGUUUGCGAAUUGGACACACCACAAAAAUACAACAAGAAACUGAGUGAAAAGCAAACAAGUUCCAUCAUUAGAGCUGCAGCAGUCGACGCAUCGCAAAGGGAAGAGCGCAUCUCUCAGCUUUGUCAACAGGCUGGCUUCGAUCGCGAUCCAUUCCUCAGGGAAUUCGGGCUGACAGUCUCGCCUAGAAUGUUUGAAACGAUUGCAAGAGUUAUUCAACCACCUCAGAUAAUGUUCGGUGACAACACUAAAAUGGUGGAUCCCAUUGUUAACCCGAAGGACGGAGCAUGGUCAAUGGAUAAUCAAACACUAUAUAUUCCUGCAACCUGUGGUAGCUAUUCGAUGAUUGCUUUGGUGAAUCCGCGAGAUCAAAACCUCUUACAAGGAUUUUGUCAGGCGCUUUACGCAAAGGCGACCCAAAUGGGCAUGGAUUUUCCAAAAUGGCCCGAUCUCGUCAAAUACGGAAGAGGUCGUGAUGAUGUCGUCAUCCUUUUCAACGAGAUUGCCAAUGAAUACAAGCAAACCAGCACCAAUUGUGAUCUUGUCAUAGUGGUGCUCCCUGGAAAGAGCUCAGACAUUUACAUGACUGUCAAGGAGAGCUCGGACAUGAUUCAUGGCAUAAUGUCUCAAUGUGUGUUAAUGAAGAACGUUCAGCGACCUUCCCCAGCCACCUGCUCAAACAUAAUUUUAAAGGUGAACAUGAAGUUGGGCGGUAUUAACAGUCGUAUUGUUGCCGAUAACAUUACACAUAAAUACAUUAUCGACCAACCAACACUAGUUGUUGGUAUUGACGUCACACAUCCAACGCAAGCUGAAGAACGCAUGAAUAUCCCGUCGGUGGCUGCGAUUGUUGCUAAUAUCGACCUGCUACCACAGUCAUACGGUGCCAAUGUGAAGGUUCAGCGCAAGUGUCGUGAAUCCGUCGUAUAUCUCCUAGACGCCAUUCGAGAGCGUCUGGUAUCUUUCUAUAGGAACACGAAUCAGAAGCCUACUCGCAUCAUCGUCUAUAGGGAUGGCGUGUCAGAAGGGCAAUUUGCUGAGGUGUUACGCGAAGAGAUUCAGGGUAUACGGUCGGCUUGCAUGAUACUUUCACCAGAUUAUCGACCACCCAUCACUUAUGUUGUUGUUCAAAAACGUCAUCACGCUCGAAUGUUUUGUAAACACAGCGCGGAUAUGGUUGGAAAAGCAAGAAACAUUCCACCAGGAACAACAGUUGACACCGGUAUCGUUUCACCGGAAGGGUUCGAUUUCUAUUUGUGCUCGCACUAUGGUGUCCAAGGUACAUCACGUCCAGCCAGAUAUCACGUACUAUGGGAUGACAAUAACUUUAGCGCGGAUGAAAUGCAAUCAAUCACCUAUGGUAUGUGCCACACAUACGGACGUUGCGCACGUUCUGUUUCGAUCCCAGCUCCAGUAUAUUACGCUGAUCUCGUAGCCACCAGAGCUCGAUGUCAUAUUAAGCGAAAACUGGGUGGAACUUACUACAACUACAAAUUUUUUGCCUUUGCGCUGCAGGUUAUGGUAUCUCAGCCAAGAUCGUGA